AGUAAUAGGCCAGCACCAUACCCAUGGCUAAUCCAGCGAGAAGGCCCACGAACACAACUCCAACCAGGCGGUCGAAACUGAUCAAAUGCAUUGCCACCACCAUCAUCACCCUUUGUGUCCUUAUCGCCAUUGCAAUACUCAUAGCUUGGGCGAUCAUAAGGCCUAAACGACUCGUCUACACCAUAGAAAAUGGUUCCGUUCAUGGCUAUGACCUCAAGUAUAAACAUCUGAACUCUUCGUUCAAUUUUGUGCUUAAGGCUUACAAUCCCAACAAAAAAGUCUCUGUUUUUUACAACUCUAUGCAGGUGUCUGUACUUUAUGAUGAUGAGCCGAUUGCGUUUGAUACCGUGGAACCUUUCUUCCAAUCUCAUCAUAACGUUACCCUUCUCCAGCUCAAGCCUGUAGCGCAUUCAGUUCCAUUAAUGGAGUCUGAAAUCAAGGAUUUGAAGCUUGAGAGAUCUUCUGGAGUGAUGGAAUUAACCAUUAAGGUGAAGGGUAAGGUUCGUCUCAAGGUAGGUUCUUGGAAAUCGAAAGAACGGAAGUUAAGGGUUUCUUGUUACCCGGUGGACUUGCAUUUUUCAUCCUCGAAAUCCUUCGAGAGAACCAAAUGCGUUUCACACAUUUGAGCUUCCAAGCCAGUUUGAACUUUGA